AUGUUCAGAAACAACUUAACCAGUUCGUUGGUGCGAACCGCCAGAUCAAGAGUGGGGACAACUACAGGAAGUCUCAGCUUCCUUCGAAACUUAUUUAUUCAAACUCUUGAAACUCCUAAUGAACAAGCAUUAAAGUUUGUGCCUUCCAUGAAAAUUCUUGGUGAGAAUGAAACCAGGGAGUUUUUAAGUGGGAGAGAAGCAGCCUGUUCUCCUCUUGCUGUGAAGUUGUUCAGCAUCGAUGGAGUCAAGCUGAUUAUGUACGGUUCUGAUUUCAUAACUGUGCAAAAGAGCAAGGGUAUCGAUUGGACUUUGAUCAAGCCAGAAAUCUUUUCGAUAUUGACAGAAUACUUGACUAAUGGGACCCCUAUACUUUUGGAAGAAGAACAAAUCACUAAUGAUAUGAUGAUAAGCGAAGAUGAUGAUGAAGUUGUGGGUAUGAUUAAGGAAUUGAUAUUCACGAGAAUCAGACCAGCUAUUAUGGACGAUGGUGGUGAUAUCGAAUUUGUCAAGUUUAUACCUGACAAUGGGAAGGUGUUGUUGAAAUUAAAAGGUGCCUGUCGUUCUUGUGAAUCCAGUUCUGUUACUUUAAGAAAUGGAAUUGAAAGUAUGUUAAAGUACUAUAUAGAAGAAGUUCAAACCGUGGAAGCUAUUGAUGAAGAAGUGGUGGAAGAAGAAGAAAAACCGGAACCAGAAUUUGAAGCUGCGGCAAUUACUCCUAGAGCUAGAGGCAAUGAACCAGCACCACCAAGUUUGUAA